CUGAAGGCUUUACUCAGAGGGACUGUCCACCAAGGACUUCUCUAGCUCUUCCCAGAUCUGGACAUCUGAGCCUUUCUCCAACAUCUCAGAAUUGCCUCAGUGUGUGUGUGUGUGUGUGUGUGUGUGUGUGUGUGUGUGUGUGUGUGUGCGCGCGCGCGCACAUAUGCACAUGCUCACUUGCAUCAUACUUGCUGCACAGUGUGUUCAUGGCAGUGUGUAUCAGGGUGUGGUAACUACAGAGGGGCCAGGCAGGGUUGAGAAGUAGCGUCAUCUUGUAGCCAAGAUCAUAGCUCCUUGUACACAGCUCAGGAUGAAGCCCCCCAGGAAAGUCUUCAAGACCACCCUUCUGUUUCUUCUGCUCUCUCACUCAUUGGCCUCUGUGCCCUAUGAGAGCCAGCCGGGUGCCAGCUCCUCCCACGGCCAAAACUGUGUAGGGUGUGUGGUGGUGAUAUCAUUGAUUGAGCAACUGGCUGAAGUUCACAACUCUUCAGUUCAAGUGGCAAUGGAGAGGCUCUGCAGCUACCUACCUGAAAAGCUGUUCUUGAAGCCCUCCUGCUAUUUCUUGGUUCAAACAUUUGGCUCAGACAUCAUAAAACUACUCGGUGAAGCUAUGAAGGCUGAUGUGGUGUGCUAUGCUCUGGAAUUUUGCAAGCAGGAUGCUGUCCAAUCACAGUGUCAUCUCUACUCACUUCCCCAGGAGGCCUGGAAGUCCUCACUGGAGAAGGCGAGACAAGUCCUCAGGAAGUCCUCUACCAUGAAAUAUUCUAGAAGUGGUCAUAAUAUUUGUUCGCUACCAUUUUUCACCAAGAUCUGCCAGAAAAUUGAAUUAUCUAUGAAGAAAGCUGUGCCAUUCAAGGAUGGAGAUUCAGACAAAUACAGUGUUUUCCCAACUCUGCGAGGCUACCACUGGCGAGGGCGGGACUGUAAUGACAAAGACAAGACAGUGUACCCGGGCAGAAGGCCAGACAACUGGGAUAUCCAUCAGGAUUCCAACUGUAAUGGCAUCUGGGGUAUUGAUCCAAAAGAUGGAAUUCCAUAUGAGAAGAAAUUCUGUGAAGGUUCACAGCCCAAGGGAAUCAUUUUGCUGGGAGACUCAGCUGGGGCUCAUUUUCACAUCCCCCCUGAAUGGCUGACAGCUUCGCAGAUGUCUGUGAAAUCCUUCUCCAACUUGCCAUCAGCACUUACUGAUGAGCUCAACUGGCCCCAACUCUCUGGCGUUACUGGAUUUCUGGACUCCACGAGUGGAAUUGAAGAAAAAUCCAUUUACCAUCAUUUGAGAAAAAGAAACCAUUGCAAUCACAGAGACUACCAGAGUAUCUCAAAAAAUGGUGCAUCUUCCAGAAAUCUGAAGAAUUUUAUCGAAAGUUUGUCUAGGAACCAGGCACUGGACCAUCCAGCCAUUGUUAUUUAUGCCAUGAUUGGAAAUGAUGUUUGUAAUGGGAGAGCUGACACAAUACCAGGAAUGACCACUCCUGAACAAAUGUACGCCAAUGUCAUGCAGACUCUGAAACAUCUAAAUUCCCACCUGCCCAAUGGCAGCCAUGUUAUUCUAUAUGGCUUACCAGAUGGAACUUUUCUCUGGGAUAGCUUGCACAACCGAUACCACCCUCUAGGUCAGCUAAAUAAAGAUGUGACCUAUGCACAGUUCUUCUCCUUUCUAAGCUGCCUCCAGGUCAGUCCCUGUAAUGGCUGGAUGUCUUCCAACAAGACCCUCCGGGCUCUCACUUCAGAGCGAGCAGAACAACUCUCCAACAUACUGAAAAAAAUUGCAACUACCAAGACAUUUGCAAACUUUGAUCUUUUCUACAUGGAUUUUGCCUUCCAUGAAAUAAUAGAGGACUGGCAGAAAAGAGGUGGUCAGCCAUGGCAGCUUAUUGAACCUGUAGACGGAUUCCAUCCCAAUGAGGUGGCUUCACUUCUGCUAGCAAAUCGUGUCUGGAAGAAGAUACAGCUCCAAUGGCCUCAUGUCCUGGGGAAGGAGAAUCCAUUCAAUUCUCAGAUUGAAGAGGUGUUUGGAGACCAAGGAGGACACUGAGUGUCCCCAGAAAGAGCAUCACUGGGAGAAAGAAACCCUCCCACCUGCCCAUUCCUGGGGCUAAUAUGCCACAGGCAUGGAAGACCUCCUUUGGUGACUUCUCUACAAACCACUUUCCUCUCAGUUGGAGACAGACCUUAAUGGCAGACUGAUGCCCAUGCUUCCCACAGCAAUUUUCCUCUGCUCAACUCUGAAACACCCUUUAAGAACAUGUUUUGGGGAUCUUUCCAAGCAUGGCAAUAUCUGUGCCCUUCAGCAUUCUAUUGUUCCAGAAGAAGCUUCUAGAAUAGUAAAGCACCCCAGGGUGUUUAGGGGCUUACCAGGGUCUGCACUACAGAUUGAGCCUCUCUCAAUUGCUUACUUGAAGGUGGCCCAGGAAGUUGAGACUUCUUCUAGUACAGCUGCAGGCUGGCUAUAGGUAGGUAGGAACAAUCCAGGUUCCAUAGACCCUCCUUAAAAGUAGAACACUUUCCAGUAAUCCCAGCAGCCAGUAUACUAAGGGCUUUAUCAAGUGUACAAACACAAACACACACACACACACACACACACACACACACACAUACACACACACAGACACACACAUAGAGGAGCUCUACCAAAAUUAAGAUACUUUUCUUUACAAACUUUUCUUGCAUUCUAUCUUUUAGCUGCAUAAUCUGUCUUCCUUUAGUAAUGAUAAUGAUUUUGUAUCAUUUUCUACAGAAAAUAAAAUGUCUUCCAUAUUAUUGAUAUUAUUGACAGUUUCUUAUUAAAAUAUUUUUGAUAUAUAUAUAUCACAUCCGGUAGCUCUCAUCCCCCAUCCUCUCCUAAUUCUCUCAUAUUCCAUUUAACUCCCCUCCUCCCUACAAUUUCUUUCCCCAUAUUCAAGCCUGUUAUAUUUGUUUUGAAACCCACUGAGUUUAACCAGGGCUCACAAUCAUGAAUUUGAAAUCAUCCACUGGAGUCUUGUGGACUCAUCAGUGGGAACACAAUGGAGACAGAAUCUCCAAUCCCCUCAUCAUACAUUAAUGGCCAGAUAGUUCCCCAGAGAUGGGUUGGUCUAUUGAUAGUUUUAGGGAAUCUUUUUCAGCUACAUAAAUCUGUAUAGGCAAAGUUAUGUAAAUGUGUAAAUGUUCAAGAUUGUUAUCACAGUAGCAUACCUACACCAAAUUUCCUUAGGAAGUAGCUACUAAAGGCUCACUGUCUCUUUGUAGUAGUCAAUCCACGAUGUUUAUAGCUUCAACAACUUUGGUCUCAUUUCAACUACAGAUCAAAGUCAUUUAAAAUAAAAACAGCUGCUUAUUUCCUAACAAUGCAAUCUAAGAACUCUUUGCACAGCACUCACAUUAGAUUAGGUAUUCCAAGUGCUGUUGAUUUGAUCUUGAAAGCCUCACAAAGGCCAUGUAUUAUAGGCUUAGUUUGCAGUUUAGUGCUCCUGAGAGACACAGAAACAGAAGAUUAGGGCUAGUGAAAGUAUGAGUCAUUAGCGGCAUGGCCUCCCUCAAAAGGUCUUGUCAGACCCAGUUCCUUCUUCUUCUUCUCAUUUGUACCCAACCAUGAGAUGGAUAUUCCUUAAAUGCUUCCCCUGGGAUGUACUACCAUGAGCCCAAAGCAAAAGGGUGAGCCAUGAGCUAAACCUUAUAAAACUAUAGCAAACCUUUCUUUUUAAGCUGAUUAUCUUGGGUAUUUGUUAUAGUAGUGAAAAACUUACUUCACAAUAGAUAUUCUAGAGAUGAUUUAAUGUACAUAAAAUUAUAUAGGUUGUAUACAAAUAUUAUAUACCACCUUUCCACAAGGAACUUGAAUGUCCUCAGAACCUGGUGUCCUAGCAAGUCCUGGAAUCAAUUGCUCACAGAGAUGGAGAGAAGAUUCUAGUACAGGUUGAGGUCAAUAUAUGUACAGGAACUCUGAUCAAGUCUAGCAAACACUUUCUUACCUGUGUCUCACUUUCCUCAGUCAUUUCUGAACAUGCCACAGGUUUAGUGUUCAGUCUCUGUAUGCCCAGGUCCCCCUUUCCUCAGGGAAGCUCAGAGGUAUGAGACAGUUAACCCCACAGUGGGCAAUGAGGACUAGUGAAAUCAUGCACAAGUCUCCUUUGUUAGUGGACAGUCUGUGGACUUCCCUGUAUUAGCCCCCUUUACUCACAGCAAUGGCCUAAACACAUUCUUAUAGCAAUGCUGUCCCACCCUUACAACCCUGAUUCUCUUGUCCUGCUUCCUAAAUAAACUAUCUGUACCCCAGUAUUGUCUCAAUAAAGACAAAGUUCUAA